GUCGCUGUAUUCGAGCGUGGACUGUUUCGCGCUGCGGGCGCCCACAGAAAAGGGUUCGCUGCUGCAGCGUUUGGAUUUGCUGCUGCCAGCAGAUGAAGAUCCUUCUUAUGCUGCUGCUGCUGCUGCUUUCAAGCAGCAGCUGUUUGCUGCUGCUGCUGCUAACCCGAAGCGCAAGCUCGCUGCGGGCCAGCCGAUGCUCUCGCUGCACCAGCAGCAGCCGCUGCAGCAGCUGCAGCAGCAGCAGCAGCAGCAGCAGGUUUAUAUGUCGGGCAGGGACCUUGCAGAGCUCACGCGCUUUCUUGUUGCUGCAGCAAAUGCAAAUAUGUUUGGAGACGUUCAGGUCUUUAUGAACCACUUCUCCACCGUCCGAAGCGCCAUGGCGAAGAACGACUUGCUGCUGCUAUUCACGCGGGACUUGAGUCGGCUGCUGCAGCGGGAGCUGCCGCUGCUGCCAGAUGAAGUUGCUGCUGCUGCUGCUGCUCUCCGCAGCAAAACUUUGCUGCUGUGGCAGCAGCAAGCUGGGGCUGAGGUGUCUGUACACCGCGCAGAACUCAACAAGCAGCAGGAGCAGCUUUUCAAAAAGAUGGACGAAAUCGUCGACAAGGCUCUCCAAACGUAA